UAUUCAAAAUUCAAGUAAAUAUACCAAGAUAAAAUAAAAAUAGAAAUAUAAAAUGUCUUGCUGCCCCCCUGCUUGCUGUGCACCAUGUUGCGCACCUUGUUGUGCCCCUUGCUGUGUACCGUGUUGCGUGCCAUGUGUGUACUACCCAUGCUGCAUGCCCUGUUGCCCACCCUGUUGUCCCUCUCCUAGUAAAAAUGGCAAUGGUAAUAAAAAUGGUAACGGAUCUAGUAAGUGCUGUUAAUAUUUACUUCCCUUGUGUACAACAAAUGAAGAACUGUCCAGUAAGAUUGCAAGAUGUGAAUUUCCAAAUACAUACGAAACAAUUUUUAUAGUAAUUUUUGAAAAUGUAAAAUAAAAAAUAAUUAAUAAACAUU